AUGCCUGAUAUAAAUCCGGACAAUAUUGAUCCUUCAGGAGGUAGAUCGGAUAAUCUUCAAGAAUGGUCCGCAAUGCGGAGAUUGAGUGAACAGCUGACAGAAGCUACUCUCGCGGCUAUGCAAAAAGCUGACGCUAGCUUUCCUGGCAAGCCCCUUCUUGAUGUGCCAAUUUUGGCCUGCCCUAAUUGUCAUAAACCGGAUGUGCUAUAUAGCAAUGCUGCUUUGAAUGAGACUGGACAAAGUUCCAAUUGCCCUGCUGACUUGCAACGAUGCGGUCGCUCGAAAAGCGUUGCACUCUCAGGCUUAGAUCGCGGCUGCAAUUAUUGCUCGGCCUACUUUUAUCAGAAUCCUCUAAAGGAUUAUGUUUGGUCCAGACCGAGCUAUCACUCUAGUCGAGCACCUAUGUGGCAACAGCACUACUCAUUUCAAUCUCGCUGCUCUAGUGCAACACCAGUUAACAUUGACAUUGAUGACAUUCCCGCCAUGAGUGGGUUAUAUCGAGACAUAAAACUUCCUGACCUUAAUAUCGCUAGAGGGGCCAACGGAAGGUCUAGUUCACUGAUUGAAAUACCGGCCAAGUCAUCGCAACAUACACAAACAAUAUUUUCCAGCAUUACAGCCGGCAAUGAAUUCAGUAGCACUGGAAAUAAGUCACGGUUCCGAUUAAAAUCUGGCUCUAUGUACGCAAAACACGCCUCUGGGUUGCGUUUUCAAUUGCCUCCUGCACUCCAACGAACAAAGUCCUUUCGCAAGCGUGGACUUGACUUUGGAUUGCGGAAGACACUAUCUGUAGCAAACGCAAUAGUGCGCAUGCCCAUCGAAUCUGCGACUCCGUCUUGCAAGAAGAAUCUGGAUGCCACAAUAGAUGAUGCAGCAAAAAAUCUCCUCAUUAUUAACACAGCAUCGUCUCCUUCUAUACCAAAACAAACUCCAAACACAUCGACAGCUCCGUCCAUUAAGGUAGCACAAAACAAUAAGACAAUUAUUUUCUGCAAUGACCUUUGUAAUACUUCGGAAUCAGGGAGUUUGCAUUCCUGGCCAGCUGGACACAAUACAAGCAUAAUUUGUCAUGAGGAAGAGGAGGCGUUAGCUAAAACGUACAGGAAUCAUCGGGCAACCAUGCCGAGAAAGCACAAUCUAUCGGAUGGAAAUAUUAGGCGGGUACUAACAGUAGCCGUAGAUGAUAAAGCAUCCAACCAAACGAAAGAUGAGGUUCAAACAAGAUCCGGUAGAAGGAAUGUGCGACUGCAAACAAUGGAGGACUUUGAAAAAGAGAUUAAAUCCAGUUUCAGCAUUCCACGCAUUCUAAAUGAGGAGGAUAGGACCAAAGAACCGGAUGAGGGUCUCAUUUGGGAAAGCCUUGGUGGCAUGGACGAGACGUCAAAACAACGCUCAAAGGAAUACUGGAAGGAACAAUUUUUGAUGUUUUUUCAACCCUCCGAUAAUAAGUUGGCAAAGAAAUUAUUUGGCACAAAAGUGGCUCUAAAUAAGGAGCGCUCUAGACAACGAAAGCAGGGUAAAUGGAUUAUUCAUCCAGCGAGUAAUUUUAGAUUUUACUGGGACUUGCUGAUGCUCGUUUUGCUCAUUGCGAAUUUGAUCAUACUUCCAGUUUUCAUCUCAUUUUUUCUUGAAGACUUGGGUUUUCAGGCAAUAUGCUUCAACUGCGUCUCCGACACCAUCUUCCUUGUAGACAUUGUUGUGAACUUUCGAACAGGAAUUUUGACCAAUCAGUUUGCCGAUGAGAUUAUCCUGAACCCCAAGAAAAUAGCUAAUCACUACCUUCGUACGUGGUUUGCACUGGAUUUCAUAAGCUCCAUUCCACUUGAUUAUAUUUUCCUACUGCUCAGUGAUGAGGCGAAGGCUCGAUCUCACCUCGUCAGCGCUGGUCGCGCACUCCGAAUUCUCCGGCUCGUCAAACUCCUCGGCCUUCUGCGUCUUUUAAGAAUCACUCGUCUUGUUCGUUACGUCAGCCAAUGGGAGGAGUUUCUCAACGUGGCCAACAAGUUUAUGGGCAUUUUUAACCUGGUUUUGUUGAUGCUUCUCCUUGGACAUUGGAACGCCUGUCUGCAGUUCUUCAUUCCGAUGCUCAACAACUUCCCCGUUGACAGUUGGGUGAUUAAGUGCAAACUAAAGGAUGCCGGCUGGUUUGAGCAGUACACAUGGGCUCUAUUUAAGGCCAUGUCACAUAUGCUCUCCAUUGGUUACGGACGCUUUCCCCCUACAAGUCCAGGUGAAGCCUGGAUCACCAUCAUUAGCAUGAUGACCGGAUCCACUUGCUAUGCCCUCUUCGUUGGUCAUGCUGCAGCUCUCAUCCAAUCAUUCGAUUGCUCAAAAAAGAUGUACCGAGAGAAGUUCAAGCAGGUGGAAGAGUACAUGGCGUACCGCAAGUUGCCGCGGGUUCUUCGACAGAAGAUUGCCAACUACUAUGAACACCGAUAUCAGGGUAAAAUGUUCAACGAGGUGAUCAUCUUGGAUGAGCUCUCGGAAUGUCUUCGAGAGCAAAUCGUGAAUCACAACUGCCGAGCGCUGGUCGCCGCAGUUCCCUUUUUCACCUACGCCGAUCGUCACUUUGUCUCAGAGGUGCUGAUGCGGUUGAAAUACGAGGUGUUUCAACCAGGUGACUGGAUCAUUAAGGAAGGUCAGAUGGGGACCAAAAUGUACUUCAUCCAGGAAGGCGUUGUCGAUAUUGUUGACACCGAUGGUCGUGUCGCCACCAGCCUAUCAGAUGGCUCCUACUUUGGCGAGAUCUGUCUCCUAACAAAUGCCCGGCGCGUAGCUAGUGUGCGCGCAGAAACGUACUGCAACCUCUACGCUCUGGACAGAGCCAGCUUCCAGGAUGUUCUACAGAACUACCCCUUCAUGCGGCGCACCCUGGAGUCAGUUGCCGCAGAGCGGUUGCACCAGCUUGGAAGGGAUCCGUUGCAAGUCAUUCACCGGAAGAACCUUCAGGAGGAUCUCGAGAUAGUGAAAGAGAUCGUGAGCCAGCAAGCUCAGACUGAGCUGGGACUUCAGAUUUUAGCGGCUCAGAACAAAGUGGCAUACUAUCGUGAUGGAGAACAUUGGGGCAGGAAAGUCUCUAUGGGAUUUAAAAUGUCAUCAACACCCGACCUCAUAGGAAAAGUCAGCAGUGAUGCUUUCCAGCGUCAACUUGCAAACAAUCUGUUCCGCGCCUUGGUAGACAGGACUGGUCAACCGGGAUCAGUCGCACCUUGGCAAUCAGCUGAGCAGGGUCUACUGGUGGAGACGGCUGAAAAAAACGUCAACGGCUUUGGUUCCUCAUCCUUUCGAUACCCCAACAUCUCCAACAAGACUUCCGAAACAGAGAGUAACGCCUCUGGAAAGAGUGGAGGCCAGAGCCAAGGAGAGAACUUCUCCGCUUGGUCGCGCACCUUCCGCAGUCGGCUCUACCAGCGGAAGCUGCGCGACCGCUCCUCCACAGCCCUCAACGAGAACAAGGUGGAUAUCAAUGAGGCAGAGGAAGAUGAGGAUGAGAAAUCGGAGGAAGAAACCGAUCGGCAUAGCCACGACUGCAGUUAUCACCGUCGCAUCACCACACAGUCCCGCCUCAGCCUCAUCCGCUCUCCAAAACACCGCUUUGCAUCCAACCAGCACAUCGAGUCGCAAGCCAAAAGGCGACGUUAUAGCAGCGGAACGGCGCUCAAACUAGCUCUGAGGAAGGCGGCGUGCUACGGCAGGGGUGGUGCCCUAAGGAAAGAGUCCUCGACGGCAGCAAUGGAGCCUGUGGCUAGCACCAGCACUGACCAAAUUGGCCAACAAUGA